AAGUUGAUGGGAAUUUCCUGUGAGCUCGGCUUCCUCAACAUGGCAGCGCCCUUGUCAGUGGAGGUGGAGUUCGGAGGCGGCGCGGAGCUCCUUUUUGACGGCGUAAAGAAACAUCAGGUCACCUUACCUGGACAGGAGGAGCCCUGGGUCAUCCGGGAUCUCCUUGUCUGGAUCAAGAAGAAUUUGCUAAAAGAGCGGCCAGAGUUGUUCAUCCAGGGAGACAGCGUGCGGCCAGGAAUUCUGGUGCUGAUUAACGAUGCGGACUGGGAACUACUGGGCGAGCUGGACUACCAGCUGCAGGAUCAGGACAGCAUCCUCUUCAUAUCCACGCUGCACGGCGGCUGAGGACCCCGCUCUGUGCCCAGGCUCCCGUGGGCUGGGGAGAGGAGCACAGUCGGACAUCCCCUGGGGCCCCGCUUCCAGGUCUCCCUGUCCCCCUUGGCCGCCUUCUUCCCGGCUCUGUCCCCCGAGCUCCCUCCAGGCAGGGAAAAGAGGCCAGGUGCUAAAAAUGAGCCUUUCUCCGGCACGUGAGUGGGGGCCGGCGGGCUCAGCCCUGCCUCCCCCACCAGCAGCCGAGGUGGGGGAGGGUCCCCCUCUGGUUUGUUGUAACAGGAGGGGGCUCCCUGGCCAGGUGACCCAGCUGCUGUCUACUUCUUGUGUCUCAGUCCAAACACUGAGUGACCCCUGACAAGGCACUCUAUUCCCGGGCUCUGGUGUCUUCAUGAGGAAGAUGAAUGGACCGGGAUAGCUGAUAGGAGGCCCCUCCCUUCUCCAAGAUAGGAGGAGUCUCUGCCUCAGUUUCCCCAUCUAGACAGCAGAGGGCUCUGGCUGUCCCCCACUGAUAUCAUUAUGGAACCCCAGCUGGGGUCCCCUAUUCAGUGCUGACUCCCCCCUCCCAGCAGCUGCUCUCCCAACCACACCCCUCCUCCUGCUCCCCCAUCCCCAGCCCUUGACCCUGGCUGGCCUUCCCCCCACACACAGGCCACCAGAUGGGCUCCUAAGACCCUCCCCCAGCAAAAGGCUGCCUGCAGCUCGUUCUGGAGAGGGAGAGAGCGAGGAGCAGGCAGAAGCUUGGACUGGCACAUAGAGGCCUGAGGGGUCAGAGGGCCUCAGUUUCCUCCUCAACAGCAACUGAAUAUUUAUAAGUAUCUGAAAGCGGGCGUGAUCCUUGAUGGCACAAAUGUAGACUUGAUCUCCUUUCCCACCUCCUGCAGGAAGCAGGAUGGGGGCAGGCAGCACCUGGUAGGCAGGGUGGUUUGCCCCUCCUCCCUCCAUGCCUUCUGGAAGUCUUGGGGCCUCAGUGCCUGCAACAGCUGGCCUUGGGCAAAUAAAAGACCAGGUUGUUUACUA